AUGAUCAAUCGUUAUGCUGGAUUAUUCAAAUAUAGAGUUUUUAAAAAUCAGUAUUCGAUAGAGUUUCUCCUACCUACUGGCAAGCGCUGUAGAGAAUGUGAGCGGUUUGCAAGAAAAAUUGUUAAUAAUAUGAAUGAUAGCUCAACUCGAUUAAUUGGGAUGAGUCCUAAUGACGCCACAAAACUUGAGCGGAUAUAUUCUGAAGCAUCAGUAAAAUAUAAUCGCCCAAUAGGUGUUGAUGAAUCACAACUACCAAAGGAUGAUUCAGAACCUCAGCGUCCCUUUGUUAGAGAACAAUUAAUGCAUAUUAAGGAAAAGCCUAUGUUACCCCCUAGGUGGAUAUUGGAAGAUAACCAAAUAUAUAUAAG